AGAUGUUAGCAUGUUUAUUGUAUUUUCUCAUCUAAAUCAAAGGAAAUCCAUUUUAGAAAUAAGAAAUGCAUUUCUGUGUCACAAAGCAACAUUGAUUUCUUUUCUGUUUCCUGUGUAAUUUCUUACACUGAAGUCUUUGUUCUUUGUUCUCUGUCGUUUUGUUGCUAAGCCCUGCCUUAGGUUGAGACACACACACGUUAUCCGUGCAGGUCAUCUAAAGCUCGCUCUUUAAAACUGUCAGAGAGAGAAAAAACACGCCUGCAUCUUUUACCAGCUCUGUUCAUCAGCACUGACAGCAGAUGUUAUCUGUCUGACUCUGUCACCUGCAAUAUGUCAGAGGUCAUGCCAGCUCUACUAUGAUUGACAAGUCAAUCGAUACACCCAGUUUAUUAGGAUAACGUCAUGACAAACCAGAAAAUACGGAAGCCCUAAGAGGGAGGUUCGACAAAAAAUGUAGGUGUUUCAGAAAUCAUACAUCUUUUAUUUUAUUUGUUUUAAUCAAGCAUCUUUUAACAACAACAAAAAAAUAAGUUAGAUACAUACUGCCACAUGUUUUAACCAAGUCGAGUUGUUAAUUGUUCUCAUAUACCUGUAAAUAGUUUUAUACAUAUAUUUUUAAAUCUAUCAAAUCAAUUCAAAUUUAUUUUUAACAACUUAGAAAAUAAAUCCUUUCAAAAUAAAAUGUCACUUGGAAAUACUUAACUCAUAACUGCUCAAAGAUAAAAACACCAAUCAAGGAAUUCUAAAAGAGUGACCUGGUAAAACCUUUAUAAACCCAACAGUUCUUUAGUGAGAAACACAAAGAAACAAAAACUUAUUUGGUUCAGAUUUAUAAAUGGAUCACAAGAUUUGUUUUUAUAAUUUGCCUCUAACUUGCCAUAUAAAAAAAUUAUUUAGUACCCUGGUGAAAUAAUGAGUAAGGGCUUUAUUCAUAUUUUUUUUAUCCAAGCACAGUAAGUUGUUUAAAGUAAAAAUAUAUAUUUUACUCCCACAUACAUGCAAUGAUAGAAAUAAACUGGUACAAUUACUUUACAAAAAAUCCAGAUGUCAACAUGAAGAUUGAAACCAAAUAACUACCUCCAACUAAACACAUUUCUACAUCCGCAUAUUCAAUUUAAAGACUUAACACUGAGAAUCCACUGUGAUCUUGUUCAUGUGGGUCAUCAUUCUUCACAUGUCACCUCUCACUCAGCGUUGACUUUUUACUGACCUUGUUAUCUCUCUGCAGACGGGGCAGAAGAAAAUGGAGAAGAUUCAAAGCCCAAGACAAAGACUGGUUUUGUUCCUGGCCUGGCACCUCCUAAAAUCCCAGAGGGAGAAAAAGUUGACUUUGAUGACAUUCACAGAAAACGAAUGGAAAAAGACCUGAAUGAGCUCGGCACGCUGAUUGAAGCUCACUUUGAGAAGCGAAAGAAGGAGGAAGAGGAGCUUCUGAGCCUCACUGAUCGCAUUGAGAAACGCCGAUCAGAUCGAGCAGAGCAGAUGAAGAUCAGGGCAGAGAGAGAAAAAGAAAGACAGAACAAAGUUAAUGAAGAAAAAGCGAGAAAAGAAGAUGAAGAGGCAAAGAAGAAAGCGGACGAUGACGCCAGGAAGAAAAUGAUUCUUUCCAACCUGAGUUUCACUGGAUACAAGCAGACACAGACUGGGCCAAAGAGACAAACAGAAAGAGAAAAGAAGAAGAAGAUUUUAAAUGAGCGACGGAAAGAACUGACUAUUGAUCACAUGAGAGAGGAUGCCCUUAAGGAAAAAGCAAAGGAGCUGUGGGAAAGGGUGCACCAGCUGGAGGCAGAGAAGUUUGAACUUCAGUAUCAGGCCACAAAGCAGAAGUAUGAGGUCACUGUGCUGAGAAACCGGGUCAGUGACCAUCAGAAAAUUCCAAAGGGGAAGAAGCGCGGCCUGAGGAAGUAACACCUGACAUCAACCUGCGAAACACUGGCAUCAUCUGACAGCCAAGAAAUUACAGAGAGAAACGUGAACAACAUUCUGAUGCUUGAAUACUAAAUCAUGCAAGAACAAAUGUUUACUUGCAAAACUAAUAAGAUGCUCUUCAACAUGUUUCUGUAGGAGUGUCUCUGAUUGCACACUGAUCAGGCAAUGUGAUGGAGCUUGUGUUUAUUUAACAGGGAUUUGAAAGGAGGUGUGUGAUUCAUAAUGACUUUAACAUUUAAGGGCACAAAAUUCGACACAACUGUGCUUAUGCAACACUUAAUUAUAUGCCCUACAAAUAUAUCUGUCAUUUCUAGAGUAGUAAAAGUGGAACUGAGACCAAUUAACUGGUUCUUCUGCCUUGGAUGCUGUGUUUGCAAUAAAUACAAAUCUUUCUUUAACAAGCAGAAAUAGAAUCUUUUA